AGCGUAUUUAUAUUCCAAUGAUAUUGUUGUUACCUUGAUGAUAAAAAUGAAGAGGGUAUAGGUAAUUGAAAAAAACUGCCUCAGAAAUUUGUAAAUAAAAAGUUCAUUAUCGCGUCUGCAGGCGACUUAUUGCAUGAUUACCAAUAUGAGCGGUAAGAAAAAAAUAUGCAAAGUUACGCGAGCCUGAAAGAAAGCGUUUGCCGCUGCAUUUAAACACGAGUUUGCGUUGUCAUGUGAUCUGAAAUGUCACUCCUCAUAAUUGGUCUGUUCUUUUCAGCUGCACUGCUGAACCGGUGCAACAAGUUCGAGCGAGACAUGUUCUUUUUAGCUAAACUGCUGAACUGUUACAAUAAGUUGAAGUGAGAAAACUUAUCUCGCUUCAACUAAUUGCACCAGUUCAGCGACGCAGCUAAAAAGAACAGGCCAAUGGUCCGAGCUACAAACUCUAUUAUGAACGUAUUGUAGAUUACGCGCUUAAAGGGCCGUUAAAUAUGCGGUAAGAUGCGAGGUAAUUGACGGUCGAUUUAUUUGUGGAAUAUACGAGUCCCUGUGUUACGGCCAGUUGUAGACGGUCCUUGAUUCUCAGCCGAGAAGAAAACUAGUGCGAGCUGGCGCAGCCAGUAUACGACGCACCGGCCGUGCACUGCUAUGCACGAGAUAGCCGACCAAUAGCAGCUGCCUGUCUUCUGGGUUAUGAUAUGGCGCUUGUCCAAGUGUCACAGAUUUCGCGACGAACCUUCUUCCGCAACCUGCGAAGCUAUAUUCCACUCGAGAGAUCGUAUCGAACGUGGUUGGAAGUAGAGGGCGAGAAAGGGAAGGAAUAGGACAGGGGCGAACGGAGGGGACGGGAAUCGGCGAGAAUAGAAGUGGGUUUGGCAAGUGUGACCGAUCCGCCAACAUCCUCUAUUCCGUUCUAUUCGGACGGUCGCGUAUACGAUAACGUAUCAUGCCCGGUAGACCGCGUCGCCAUCACCAGCUCUCGCAAUCGUCACGAGAGGAGGAUUAUGAGCGCGUCGUGACCCGAACCGACUCCUAACUGUCGCGUAUCACCGUGUCGAGAAUGACUUAGGCCAGCACGCGGAAACAGUCCCGGUACGCGAUGCAAAGUUCACGCUGGUCAUGCUUGCUAUUCUGGGUGGGUCUACUACCGAUCAUCGCAGCCUACCCUGUACCUUCGUCGUUUGUCACAGAUACUCACACUUCCUGGCAAUGGGAACACUACUGGAUGCGCUAUGCGAUUGCUCUCUCGAGUGUCACGGCAACAGCUUUAACUUUGGCCGGAUGCCUCUGUUGUCAGAGACACAGAAGACCGAAAGGAUUUCAGGACAAAGCAGAAAAAUGCAAUCAGGAGUUCAAGGAUGGAAGCAGCACGGGGCAAGAUAGCGCCUUCGAGCGUUCGGUCGAAGGACUGGAGUUGGAUGCCUCGAGGACACUGGCCGCGUCCGAGAGGGUUCAGUUUGAGCCCCUACCCGUCGACAGUAUCGUAUCCGGCACGAAAGCGAAGGCGACACCUCUGUCGCCACCGCGCAACGAGGAGCAGGAUACGGAUCGUUCUAUCCUGCAGGAGCCGUGCAGCGAGUGGUUCGAAUCCAACGAGCUGAACGUUCCGCGAGAGAAGCUCAAGUAUCUGCGGGAAAUCGGGCACGGAUGGUUCGGCAAGGUGGUCGAGGGCCGGGCGGACUUGGAACAGUCGAAGUCGGGCGGUGUGGUCGUGAGAAUACUCACGGAGGAGGCUACCACCCGGGAGAAAGCCUGGUUCCUCGGCGAGGCCACGCCGUACUUGAAGCUGCGCCAUCAGAACGUCCUGGCCUUGCUCGGCUUCUGCCUGGAGACCGAUCCGUACCUCCUGCUGUUCGAGUCGUGUCCGGCCGGCGAUCUGAAGGGCUUCCUCCUGUCGAAUCGCGACGCGAAGUCGCGGGAGGCGCUCAACAAGGAGAACGUGCCGGUGCGCAUCGCGAUCGAGAUCGCGGCCGGCUUGAAGCACAUGCACAACCACGGUUUCGCGCACACGGACCUCUCGGCGAGGAACUGCCUGGUCGCCCCGGACCUGUCGGCCAAGCUGGGGGACUACGGCACCGGCGUCGAGAAGUAUCCCGACGACUAUUACAUCGUGGGAGACCGGGCCCUGCCCAUUCGGUGGUCCGCGCCCGAAAGUCUCAACUGCACCGACACCACCAUCGAGACGCGGGAGAUCACGCCGCAGGCGAACAUGUGGAGUUACGCGGUGCUCCUCUGGGAGAUCGUCAGCUGGGGCGAGAGGCCCUACGACGACAUGAACGACGAGCAGGUGAUACAGAUGAUUCUCUCAAUGAAGAAGGAAUUCCCGCCGAACGGCGUGCUGCGUCUCACGAGCAGCUCGAGCAUGCACCAGGCGACUCGCUCGUGCCUGAGCGUCAAGGCGAACGACAGACCGUCGCUGGACGAGGUCAGGCGGAUCCUCCUCAACGAGCACGCGGACUUCGAGCAACGCUGGGAGAGUCUGCGCGUGCGCAGCGCCAGCCUGCAGGACCUGCGCGGCAGCAUCGACUCCGAUUACUGGACCCACAUCGUGGACGACGGGACGGACACGCUACCGUUUCGCCUCGGGCCCGACGAGCAAGUGAGGAACAUACCGGUGAUGAAGAACGCGCUCUUCCCGGAAUCCGGCUCGGAGACCGAGGAGGAGAGCUGGAAGGGCCGGAUCGAGCAGGGCGUUUACACGGAGAAGGUGAAGCAGAAGUCCAAGUCGGUGACGGAUCUCAUGGUGCUCGUGCACAUCGAUCCGGACUCCGACGCGGAAUGGUCACUGGGCGCGCCGGAGAAGAAGAAGUUGCCCGGUAGCGACGGCGAGCUCAGGCACACCGCGCACGUGCUGGACGAGUUCGACGAGGCGUUGAAGAAGCUGCGGGAUCCCCUGCCGCCGGCCACCGUCAAGUCGCUCGAGAACCCGAAGCUCCUCACGCUGACCGUGGCCGACCGCACGCCGAUCUUACGGCUGUCCCUGGACACCCCGGAUAACGACGCGCGUGCCGAGAAGCACGUGCUGAGACUUCUCCAGUCGAAGGCCGAUCCCCCCCUCUUGCGUUACGUGCCUGAUCGAGGAGACGAGGAGGUUUUGCUUUGGAAUCACGCGCUCGACUCCGCCUUGGAGAGGAAGAUACCGGGCUUCUCCGAGGCGGAAUUCAACGAAUAUGUUGCACCGCCGGAGCUCACGCCGGACGUCUCGCACUUUUCGGCCGACGGACGCAAGGCCGACGACGAGGAGGAGAGGAAACAGCUGUCCACACCGGACGACGAGCAGAGCUCGGACUCGGGUUUCCGCGACAAGGAGUCCUGCGAGGAGGAGGAGGCGUCCGGCUAUCUCCUGCCGGGUAACACCGCCGCCGCCGAGGAGGAGCCGUUUCAGAUUCUGUUCGAGCUGGACACCAUCCUGGACGCGGAGUAUUACGCCGCUCCCGAAAGUAUGACGAUUUCUACGCCGGCGAACGAUCGGACGAAAGAGGAGGAGGAGGAGGAGGAGGAGGAAAACACGACUCCCGAGAAGGAUUUCAAGAUCCGAGAUUACGCCCAGAGAUCCUACGAUUCAGAGACGAAGGUAUAUACGGAACAGUCUUCGCAGGGAGAUUAUGAGAAGGACGAGGACGAGGACAGCUCGACGAUGAGCUUGCGCAGCGACAACUCUUACGUGUCGUUCGGCAUAGAGGAGGAAUUCGUAACAGCGAUUCGCAACGAACUCAGGGAGAAGUUGCCUCAGGCUCAAAUGCAGAUCGUCGAGUCCUUGGAGAGCCAUGACGAUCCCGCCAGCGACGCGUACGGUAAACGGUGGGAUGACGAGGACGGCGAGGAUGCGUCUGAUCAGAUCAGCAGCGGUGUGGAUAUCUCAAUCAGGUACAAUGUCUACGGAACACCGCUCAGUCCCAUCCAAGAAGAGCGAGAGAGCAAUGUCACUUCCGAGUCUUUGAUGUCCAAUUCCAGGGAGGCGUCCGUCGCUUCGAGAGAAUCGGAAGACGUGCUCCUGGUCGACACUCGCACGAACGAAAUGAUACUGUUGGAGGGACUGGGAGAGCGGCUGCAGGACGAGGACACGACGAACGGCGAUCUGUCCGAGGAAGAGAAUUUAGAUUACACUUGUUCGAUGGCGCGCCCGUUGGAGGACAAAUCGCGCAUCGUCAGGGCGAGCGGAGGCGCGCCGCUGCCGAGCCCCGAGGAAGAAUCCAAGUGGCAACAAUUAUCCUCAUCCUUUCCGCUACCUUUACCGCUGCAGGAUGACUUGAUGUCGACAAGUUUCGUCACGGAACACGAAUGCUGCAGCCAGGAUGAAGACGAGGAGGAGGAGAAUGAGGAGGAGGAGGAGGAGGACGAAGAGGAGGAGAACGAGGACAACAGUUCCAGUUCCGGUGAAUUCGUAUGGAAGAGAUACAACGAGCCGCAUAUCGAACAAAUACGAAUUAGAAGUGCCGCUAACAACGACGAAGCGAGCACAGCGACGAGUGUUGAGUUGGAAGAGGAUCUGAACGUCGAAGACGAAGAGGAGGAAGAGGAAUUCACGCCUUCGGCCUGGAAUGCCGCUCUGGCGCCCCAUCGAUCGGCACUAAGGUCGCCGGAUAAAACAUUAAAAUCUGGGGAUCAGAAGAAGAGCGUAUGGUUCAAGAAGCAACGCUAUCACUGCGUGUACGAGUAUCCGAAGGAAACAUUAUCUGCGGACAGUCGAACGGAUACCGCUGUCAACUCGGAAGCAACUUCGUAUUCCGAUUGGGAAGAAAUGAUAGAUGAGCCACGAUUAGAUCUGUAUCCCUUGGAUUACGACGAGGUCAAUCAUACCGGAAACGAAGAGUUCUUUGUGACCAGCUCGAAUCGGCCCUUCCAGUUCCAAACCGGCGAGAGCAAGUACGUCAGCCAGUUCUUUCCCGGUGCAAAUAUGACUUCGUUCCCCGACGACCGGGAGGAAACUGACGGUUGUCGACAGCAGGAGUCUUCGAAUCAUGUUGAUUUCACGAACGAAUACGAACAACAGCAGCAGCAUCAACUAGGAGAGUUACGACAUACGCGAGAUCGGUUGAAGCUGAAUCUAAUAUCAUCGAACGGUACACCGUCCGCCUCGUUCGUGAAGCAACCGCGUGCGAGUGACGAGCAAGUAAACGUAGUUAAGGAGAACUACGAUUUGACGGAACUUAUCGAGAAUGUUGCCGCACAGGACCAACAUACUGUAUCGAAUGAUAACGUGUUGCCAAAGGUGCCUCACGAAGAUGUGCAACUCGGACCAUCUUCUACAAGAAUUUUUCAGUGUGAUAGCGAGGAGACCUUCGAACCCGCUGACAAGUACAGUGUUUUAGCUCCUGAUUAAAAUGACAAUAUAGUGCAAUGUAUGUGUGUAUGUAAAACAGUGAGUGAAUGAGCGAGCGAGAAAACGAGAUAGUUCAGCCCAAGUCCGUCCGUAAGAAUCUCAUCAUGAAAAUAUGCAAUGAUUUUUUUUUCUUGGAUAGUAUAUCACUGA